CUCAUAAUAAAAUUGGCGUUUUAUUUCAAAAUUGUGUUCCGUCAUGUUUACAUAUUUCGUGAUUUAAAAAAGGUAAAAAUUACAACACGUUUAUGUAAUAAACCUUAUCAUGGAUAAAACAAAUUCUAAUGCUACAAAAUGUUCAUCAAAGUCAUGGAGCCACAAUAGAUCUGCUGAUUCAGAAGCCAUAGAAAAGAAGGCCAGUCAGAAAGGCAAAGGAAACACUGUAAAACCUCCAUGCCCGUAUUGCAAGUCAUGGCUGAGUAGCACAUCAGAUUUCGAACAAGGAAGAAUAGACAAGACACCAUUGUCGCAGGGGACACCGAGAACGCCUGGCAACAAAAACAUGUCAAUAGAGUCGCCAUCUGCAGUUUGCUCACCACAUCUCAAAUAUGGUAUAUUCAAUCAAAAGAAAAUUACAGUUGAUCCAAGAUCUGUUGAAAGACCCAAAUCACCUAUGAAACAACGCUUCAGAUCAGCUGAGAUUGAUAACAAAGAUACCGUGUCGGAGCCCGGAAGUCCCUUAUUUUCAAUUCGUGCACUGAGCGAACAGGACCGGGAUAAAUUUACCCCAAUGCAGGCUAAGGCAGGAGAUAUGGCUGCUCGAUUGUUACCCGCAAAACCAUGAUAAGAUUCUUUUGUACUGUUUUGUAAUAAAAUUUGUUGAAAUGUCA